CUCUACGUUUCUAGGGCAACGGAGGGCGGGGGGGAAGCAUCUUUUGAAGAGCGCAUGCGCGCAGCAAAAAAAAGGCUCCUCCCCGUGCACGGGUGUUUAGAAAAAGCUUGUUGGUUAGGAUUCAGGAUAGCUUCAAUAUGUUCACAGAGGAACACGGAGGAGAGGAAGGAGGCAGUGGAGGAGAUGGGAGAAGAGCAGGAGACAGAGGAGGAGGAGGAGGAGAAGGGGACAACUCCAGGAACAGGAGACCAAAGAAAAGACAGAGUGCGCGUGACAAUGCUGAGGAGGGAACAGGAAGAGACGAGGAUGAGGAAAGCGCCACGGGACGGAGGAGAAGAUCACAACAAGAGCGCAGACAGACGGAAGCAGCAGACAAGCAACAACAGUGGGGAACGGAAGGGGAGAGAGCAGGAGUGGAAGGAGAGGAGAAAGCGCAGCAGUUGCUCCGAUCCCUGCAAGGGGCAACAGCGGAGGCACUCAUCACAGCAAUUAGUACCGAGCUUAUGGAUGCCGAAAUCAAGGAACAGCGAGAGCAGGAAUGCCUCCAACAACGGGAAGCGCGCCCAGAGGAUAGAAGCGCGCAGGCCCAGUUGGCGGUCGCAAGGGCACAGAUCGCAGAGCAUCGGUGGCGAAUCCUCACGAUCAGAGAAUAACUGGAAGUCAUGGAGCGAGCAGCAGCAGCAAUGGUGAUGGGAGCAGCGGAAGGGAGCAAGAAGCAGGGAGCAGACGGGAACGAGCAGAAGCCAGCACCGCCAGAACACAGGGGAGAGCAGGUCCGAACAGACAGAGGAGGGGGAAAAGGGGACAGCACGGGGCAACCAGAAGGAGAAGAGCGCAGGCAACCGGACGGAUGUCACGGGAAAGAGAAGCCACGGAGAAAAGGAGGCACAACAGGAGAAACACGACAAGAGGCAGGGAGCUCAUGAGCACACGGCAUGGCAGUGACAGCGCCAGAGCCUGCCAUCGAUGACCAAAGUAGGCCCGCACCUCAUGACCAAGAGGGGGCGGGGAAGCAGGAAGGGAGGAAGGAGCACGAACGGCCCAGCAGAGAUGGCCCUCGUCUCCUGGAACGUGAGAGGGAUGCAGACGCGAGCGAAGAGAGAAGAGAUCCUGACCGCCCUCAAGAGCUCGGGAGCAGAUGUGGUGGUGCUCCAAGAGACGUGGCUUGCGACAGAUAGGCAGCGCAGCCACACCCAGAGGUGGUGGCACAAUAUAGGGCCAUCCUUCUGGAGCUACGAGCCCACAGGAAGAGCAGGAGUCACAGUCCUAUUUAGAGUGACGCAAGGGCACCCAUGGCACGUCGACAGAGUGCAGGAGGCGGAGCCGGGGCACCUGCUCAUGAUAGACUUCUCACUGCCUCAACCAGGCAGCAGCAGCAGCACCAUCAACGCAGAAGGCAGCAGCAGCAGCAGAAGCAAAGGCACCGCUCAAGGGCAGAAAGGGUUUCGGCUGUGCGCGCCCACCUCAGUGGCAGGGAGGAGGAAGUUGUGGAGGCUCUUGCACUUGUACGGGGACACGAGUAAAGAGCUCAUGGUGGCCGGAGCUUUUCACAACCGCUCCAGGCCGGCGGACAGAUGGAAAGGAACCAGCCAGCAGCCACAGGCAAGCCAUGACAGAGCGCUUACCGGCAAAGAGACGCUCAACAAGUGGCUUGAUGGGAAAGGGCUCGCAGACGUCGCCCUAGCAGUGCCCAACAGCAUGGGGUUCAUCCCACCCACCACGGAAGACCGGAAGAGAUGGCAGCAGCAACAGCAGCAACAGCACGGGCAUCAUCAACGCGAGGCGGAGGAAGAACAGCCACAGGAACGCAUAGGAAGAGCGAUAGCAGCCGCAGUGACGCCGGUGAGGAUGGACAUGCCGCACUACACUUGUCGUCAUCCAAGCGAGGACACCGUCAACUGCACAGACCGUGCGUGGAUGUCCCAACAGUCAUGGGCAGUCACAGCCUGCCGGAUCAUGCUGUCCGUUUGGUCUACCCAUGCCACGAUCGGCGUGGGGCUGCGCCGGACCAGAGAGCAUGAGAACGGAAGAGAGGGUGAAGCAGAGGGCCAGACAAGGAAGGAGGAGGAGAAGGGCAACAGCGAGAGAGGCACCCGCAACUGAACCAGCAACGGACAUGGAGGCUAAGAGGAGCAGACCUCGACGCUAGCGAGGAGCUCCGGGAAACACUGGAAGCGCAGCUGGGCAUGAUGGUAUCCCUCCUGCCCGCCUUCCGGGAGUAGCUGCUGACGUGGUGGGAGGAGCUGAAGUGGAGCAUUGCAUGGCAGUGUCAGCAGCACGCGCGACGCAGGGCUCAGAGGCAGCUGUGCAAGCAGCACCAAGCCGUCUACGCACUGCUCCGGAGCCAACGACAGAGGGACAUAGGACCGCCACAUCAACCACAGCAGCCAGAUGAAGGCACUCAAGCAGCCAGACAGCACCUCCUUCGGCUCCAAGAAGAGCAGAGAGCGCGGAGGGUGCGCUGGCGGCAAUGUCGCAGCAGGGGGCCGAUGCUGGAGGAGGAAGAGGAUGGAGCGGAGAAAGGGAUAGCGGAAGGAAACCGGAGACCAUGGGGCACGGGAAAGCUCAUGAAGGAACAAAGGCAGGAGAUGGAGCGGCCCAUCGAAAGCGCAGAAGUGAGCGCAGCCAUUGCCAGGGGAAGAGGACACUCGGCGCCUGGACCAGACAGACUCCCCUGGCGGUUCUACCAAGUCUUCAGCACGUUACUGGCGACACCGAUGACAGCGCUGUAUAAUCAUCUCCUCGGGAAAGGGGCACCAAAGAAAAGGAAAGCGAAUAUCGGGAACACCAUAGAGGAUGGAGGGACACUCUGGCACAGCGUAUUGGUCUUCUUCCCAAAGGCAGGAGACCCUACACUCCCCAGCAACUGGCACCCCAUCGUCCUGACAAACGUGGAUUACAGGAUCCUGGCGUCCGUCCUCAACCAGCGCUUGGCGGCAGUCGCGAAGCAGCUGGUGCGCCCCGCACAGACCAGUGCAGUGCCCGGCCACGACAUGACCAACUCCUGGUGCCUGCUGCGCGAAGUCUUCACCACAGCAGGCAGGAAGGGGAAGACAGGGAGAUCAGAAAACACCGAGCACAGAGGAGGAACGGCCGAAGGCGAACGCCCCAGCAACAGAGACAACGAUGUCAGCGGAGUGACAAGGACAGCAACACCGAUGCUCAUGCAAAUCGAUCAGGCCAAGGCCUUUGAUCGCGUGCAGCACACCUACCUGUGGGCCGUGCUCCGAGCAAAAGGCGUCCCCGCAGGAUUCAUCGGAGACAUACAAUAGCUCUACGCAGGGGCCACAGCGACGCCGCAGAUCGAUGGGCAGAAGGGCGCAGCAUUCCCCGUGAAGGCAGGCAUGCGGCAAGGAUGUCCACUGAGCCCAUUGCUUUACGUGAUCGAGCUUGACCCAGCGAUCGUGCUCAUCGAGAAAGAAGAGAGCAUACGGGGGUUCGCAGCACAGGAAAAAGGAAACGGACAGUCCUCAGCAGCCACAGGAGCAACAGCACAGGCCAAGUGCAUCGCGCACGCAGACGAUCUGAUGGUAUUCGUGCAGAGCCGGGAAGAGGCAGGCACAGUCUGCGCCAUCUUCGACUGGUUCGGCCAAGCCCUGGCCCCACCUCCAAUGUCCACAAGUUGCAUGCGGAUGUCUGAGACAGGGAAAUGUGUGCAGACCUCUAUGCACAUAGGCUUCCAUAGGAACUGGAAUUCUGUGCUCCUAUGGAAGUAUACAUAUGCAAAGUCUAUUCACACACGCCUCCCUGGUUCAAGCAUCCACACUCAACCCAUGGAUAUUGGAGGCAGGCCAAGGAGCUGCAUACCUACUCCUUUUUAACAGCCAUCUAAGCUAGCAGUCAUCAUCACACCAUCCUGUGGCAGUGAAUUCAGUCUAUAUUUGAGGCCUCCCAGAAUAGUCUUGAAAGUGGUCCAGCACUUUGUCUAAAUUGUUAUUCCAGCAAUAUCAAACUUCUCCAAACUUCAUUUACAUCAUUUGGCAGCCUUUGAUAUAUUGAUCAUGAGGUUUUACUGAGGCAAUUGGCAGGUGCCUGAGGGAGGCUUUUGAGUAGUGACUUCCAUUCAUUUCUGGGAGAAUAAUCAGAAUGGUCAUGUGCAGCAGCUCAUUAUCUCUUUGGAGCUUUCAUUAUGGAGCCCUGCAUACUUUCAUCCUGAAUACAGCUACAUUGCCAUGUGCCUGCCCAUGAAGAGAAAUUAUACUAUAUAUAGUCAAUCAGAACAUGCUUAGUGUAGACCCAUUGAAGUCCAUUGGUUUCAAUAGGUCUACUCUGAGCACAGCUAACAUUGGAUAUCGUCCAUAGUAAUUAGGAGCUACAGAUAUAUAUAGUAUAUAUGUGUGUAAUAUAUAUUAAAACAUAUAUAAGAAAUAAUGUACAUUAUAUAUAUAUAUAUAUAUAUAUAUAUAUAUAUAUAUAUAUAUAUAUAUUGAUCUGCAUGCCCAGUGGUUGGGGAUGAUAAAAGUUGAGAGUCUAGCAUCUAGAGGGCCACUUAUUCCCCUUCCUGUCUAUAGACAUUUAGAAGUCCCCAAAUGUACCCCUCCUUACCCUUGCCCCUCUUCCCCUUUCCUCAGCUAAUUUCAGUAUUGCCUCUUGUAGAUUGUAAGCUCCAAAAGGCCUAAUGGUAGAGCCAGCUUCAUAAUUUUGCCAUCCCAGCAAGCCUUUCUCCACUUGUCUGCCUAUUGCCUCAUUUGCUCCAAAUGCUCAUUACCUUUCUAGCCACUGCCAGUUCUCAGACCAGAAUUCCUGGUAUAUUUGCAGUCAAAUAUUUUAUUUGUAGUUUAUUCCAUUUUUAAUAUAUUUUGUAUUUUAUUAUUUUAAAUCACUUCUAGAACCUUCACACUUUGAGUGGCAUCUCAAAGCUUUAAACCAGCUUUGUACCAGACUUUUAAAUAGAUGUAUAACAAAAAACCCUAACCAACGAAAGUCUAUUGAUUUGAAUGGGUCUGUUCUAAAUAUGACUAAUGCUGGAUGUUACACAAUAUGUAACGUAGGCAUGUUAAUUUUGUCUUAUUGUCAGGCAGAACAGGUGCCAUAUAAAUAUUUUAAAUAAAUGAUUAAGUUGCCUUGAAAUUUGGAGAAUACAAAUAAUAAAAAAAUCAGAUUUGGGGUAUUUGUGUAUGGAUGUGUGU